GGUCUAUGAGCCUUCUAGAUGUUGCAUAGGCUGGUCUUAGAACAGGGUGAACCAGAGAAAAACACCUACCGUAUUCUACACACUCGCAUCCCGCACCAAUAUUGUAUUGGUAUUAUGAGAACCCCGCGAAACUCCCAUUCUUUCGGCCCUGUGCAAAUAUCUGAUGUUUCAGGCAACGAUGAUUGCCCCCGAAGAAUACCACUGGUAAGCUGCGCAACGAUGGCAUUCCGAGAGAAUGGCUUUUAGGCGGCUCAUCUCACAAGGCACGAGGCUGACCAAUGGCAUCGCGACUUUUCCUCAGUGCGCCUUUAUUUCCGCUGUGGAAUCUUGAGUGCUAUCGGAAAGUCCGAAGUUUUGAGAGAGGAUGUUUUCCUAAGGCGUGCAUAAUAUUGACAGCGUCUUACAGGAUAUACCUUCUAGAAUUGUAUAGGACUAGGAUCGAUCAAGACGACACGUUGAGGUCGCUUGUGGGUGAUAUAUGUUUGGACGCUCUCUAUCAGGACAUUGCUCAUCGCCGACAUCCUUGAUCUCGGGGUUUUCUCUAACGAGAUAUAUUCACGGGGCACAGAGGCUAGCCAUGAAUUCAGACGAGUUCAGAAAGGCAGCGCACGCUGCCAUAGAAGAGAUCAUUGCAUACAACGAAAAUGUGGCGGAUUAUCCGGUUCUACCUACGAUCAAACCAGGGUUUCUGGCACCCCAAUUGCCCAGAUCGGCACCGGAGAAGCCUCAAGCAUGGUCAGAUAUCCAGCCUGAUAUUGCAUCAAAGAUUGUCCCCGGUCUUACGCAUUGGCAAUCGCCAAAGUUCAUGGCAUUCUUCCCAGCGGGUGUCACGUACCCAUCUAUGCUGGGGGAAAUGUACUCGGCCGCAUUCACAGCACCAGCAUUCAAUUGGUUGUGUAGCCCUUCAUGUACAGAACUCGAGACAGUUGUCAUGGAUUGGCUGGCCCAAGCCUUUGACUUGCCUGAAGAAUUCCUAAGCACCUCACCAAACGCUGGUGGCGGCACAAUUCAGGGCUCAGCAUCAGAGGCAGUGGUGACCUGCAUGGUCGCCGCCAGAGAGCGUUACUUACACGGCAAAUGUGAUGCCGAAGGCCUGAAACCGGACUCAGAGGAGCGAGCGGAUAGAAUCGCAUACCUCCGAGGACGACUAAUAGCUCUCUCCACAGAUCAGACACACUCGUCGACACAGAAGGGUGCACUGAUUGCCGGGACAAGAUACCGCGCGAUUCCGACGAAACUUGAAAAUGGCCUCUCGUUGACUGGCCAAGGCUUGGAAGCUGCUUUGGAACAAUGCAAGAAGGAAGGCCUCGAACCAUAUUAUAUUACGCUGACGAUGGGUACGACUUCGACAUGCGCAACAGACGACUUUGAGAGCCUAGCGCCAGUGUUAAAGUCCAAACCUGAUCUCUGGGUUCACAUCGAUGCUGCAUACGCUGGUGCCGCCUUAAUAUGCCCAGAAUUUUCAUCUAAAUACUCGCCGUGGAUGAAGAUCGCGGACUCUUACAACAUGAAUAUGCACAAGUGGUUGCUAGUCAAUUUCGAUGCUUCAUGUCUCUUUGUACAGAACCGGAAUCAUCUUACCCGCGCCCUUUCAAUCGAGGCGGCGUACUAUGUCAACAAGCAUACGGACAGUGGCCUAGUCACAGAUUACCGGGAUUGGCAGAUCCCACUGGGUCGACGCUUUCGAGCGCUGAAGAUCUGGUUUGUCAUGCGCACUUACGGCCUUGAAGGCAUGAGAGCCCAUAUCAGGAAGACCGUAGCCAUUGGCGAAGUGUUUGCCGGCCUCAUCCGUGGACGUUCAGACCUUUUCGAGAUUGUCGCCAAACCAGCAUUUGGCCUGACCUGUUUCAGAGUUAAGCCUUCUCUGCUCUCGCCACAGGGCUCAACCGAAACGGAUUCCACUUUCAACCCUCGGAUAUCAGCUGAGCAACAGCGAGAACAAGAUGCUAAUGCUGUGACCAAGCACAUCGGCGAACUCAUCAACGAGCGUGGAGAGGUUUUCCUGACUUGCAGUAGUACUGCAGGAAAAGCAUUCAUGCGCGUUGUCAGUGGAAAUCCGAAUGCUGAAGAGAAGUAUGUCAGGGCGGCAUUUGAUACUAUUGUCGAGACAACGGAAGAGGUGCUUGCUGCUCGGGGUAAAAAAGCAAAUGGCCACAUAUAAAUACGUGGUUUGGGAAUAUGCUAGACAUUGGGUUGAAAUAUAAGAGUUCAUAGGAAGGGACCGUAGAUUUAGAAGAGAACGAUCAUACUUAAUGCUUCCCU